AAAAAGAAUUUAGACAAAAAAGAUUUUUUGUAUAAUUUAAGGGCGAAAAGAAUAAUGGAUUUGACGUGUUAUAUCAUAACAUGAAGCAUGGUGCAAUUGCAAGUAAGGAGUUGGCCGAGUUUCUAAAAGAACGAUCAACCAUAGAAGAAAAUAAUUAUAAGGUUCUAAGUAAACUUGCAAAACAAGCUGGCAGUAGCAGUAGUAUACAAGGAACAUUUGCACCUGUUUGGGCUGCCUUAAGAGGCGCAGCAGAAAAACUUGCUGGCUUACAUUUGCAAAUGGCCCAAAGGGUCACUGAACUAAUAAAAGAUGUAUCAAAAUAUACAGAUGAACUGCAUAAGAAACAUAAGGCUGUAAAAGAAGAAGAAUCAUCUACCUUGGAAAUUGUACAGAAUAUACAGAGUAUCACUGUAACUUUACAUAAAGCAAAAGAUAUGCGUACACAAAAGAGUUUGGAAUUGGAAAAAUUAAAGAAAGACAAUGCCAGUCAAAAAGAAUUAGAAAAAGCAGAAAUUAAGUUUAAGAAAGCCCAGGAUGAUUAUAAAACUUUGGUUGAUAAAUAUAUGAUUAUACGGAAUGAUUUUCAAACCAAAAUGACUCAAGCAUGCAGGCGAUUCCAAGAUGUUGAAGAGACACACUUAAAACAUAUGAAGGAAUUUUUAAAUAUCUAUGCAGAUGUUUUACAAUCAAAUCAUGAACAAGUUGGUCAAGUUCAUAUAGAUUUUAAACGACAAUGUUUGGACAUGACAGUGGACAAACUUCUAGAACAAUUUGUACAAAGUAAAUCCACAGGUUUUGAAAAACCAGGUACAUUUGAAUAUGAAGAGAUCAUGACAAGUUUAGGAGAAAUGACCAGUCAUUCUCAAUUGGAAAGCAAUAUUGAAACAUCUAAGGAAACAUCAAAAGGAGCAAAUGGAGAAACAGGCGUUGCGGGUAACACUCACAGUUCAAAAAACGAUCGGGUAUUAAAAGGGGAGGGUUAUCAGGUGGAUGAGGAAAAGGGGACGGUACAAGAAAAAGAAAAUGAAAGACUGAAUGAAAGGGAUAGAGAACUCUCACAUGUACAAGCCACCAAGGCUUCCCGCCGUACUACCUCGCUACUCAACCUGUUCAUGUCCAACUCCCAGGACAAACAGAAGCAAGCAGGGUCUGGUUCGGCACCUGCAACUCCUCAGGGGAACAACCUGCCUCCUGCUGUUCCACCUCCCAGCAUCUCCAGGAACCCUCUCAGAGGAUCUAAAUUGGUAACGCGUAUUAUGGUUCCUCCACUCUGCACUCUUUUAGAUCAGCAAUGGUUUCUUCGCAGCAGAAGAGAAAAGAGAAAAGAAAAGAAGGCAAAAAAGAAGAAGGAUAUUGUGGAAACGAGCAGCAACAAAGAAGAAAAGUCUGAUCUGGAGGAUAAGGAUGACAGUAGGAAAUCUGAAACACCAACACCGGAGGUAGAUGAAGAUGGUUUCUGUAUUAGACCAAAAGCAGAACCAUGGGAGAAUGAGAAAGGAUUUUAUUCCAGUUCAGAUACCGAUUCCGAGGAUGACAGAGAACGAAAAAUUCGAGUAGAAAUAAAACCACUUAGCAAUGGCGGAGCACCUAUGAGCGCAAGUGUAGACGAGCUUAGAGCAACGGUGGAAAAUUUAUCUUUAUCGCCUGCACCAACGGGACGCAGAGGCUCAAAUACCGACUCAGAUCAUCAUAUGAAAAGGUCUCAGUCAGUGUCACAGCAAUUAGGAGGUAAGCCAAGCUCGGAUUUACUUGGCCUAAACUUGUUCAAUCCUAGCAGUACACCAUCGAGCGCCUCAACGCCGACUGGUAGUCAUCCAUACGCGCCAUUGCAAAGUCCUCCGCCGCUGUCUUUGUCACCGACGCCUCAACUACAGCCGCCACAAUCUGCACCACCUACGCAUCCUCAUCCACGAUUCCCUGAUGGAGAUUUAUUUUCGGAAGUAGGAGACAUUACUCCGGCUUUACCUCCAAAACAAUCGGCUUCUUCUACUCCGACAGGAUCUAUUAUCAUUCCCAGACCGCCAUCCCGAAGAGGAGAAGGUCCUUCACCAAGAGGUAGAAAUUCACCAGCGACUAUAUCCAGAGCUGAUAGCGUAGCUAGUUUAGAGUUUCGUACAGCCGGUGUUGGAGUUGGCUCUUCCAGAGGUCCAUCGCCACUCACAAUAGGACUUGCAGAUACUAUUCCUUUAGCAGUCGCCUUCCAUGAAAUAGUACACUCUUACUUUAGAGGUACUGAUGAAACACGAUGUCAGGUGAAACUCAGUGGAGAUAUGAUGUUAUCAUUUCCUGCCGGUAUUGUCACUGUGUUGGCGAAUAAUCCUAAUCCUGCAAAACUAACGUUUCGCGUGCGAAACAGUAAUAGAUUGGAAAAAUUGUUCCCUAAUAAUCAACUCGUUAGCAUGGAUGCCACACAGACAACUGUUGACAGUACAAUUUUUGAAUUCAACAUGAGUGCCUUAACUACAUUGUUACGCAAACAGGCUGAACAAAAUCCUUCAGCUUCAUAUUUUAAUGUUGAUAUACUCAAGUAUCAAAUCAAAUGCAAGGAAGGCGCAGGUUCGUGUCCUUUCCAGUUAGUUGCCUAUUGGAAAUGUGAAACGACUCAUACAGACCUUAAGAUUGAUUAUAAAUAUAAUAGUCGCGCUAUGGCUUCUCCAAGUCCAUUAUUAAAUCUCCAUGUGGCUGCACCUAUAGAUGGAGGUUUUAAAUCAUUAAACAGUAAACCUCAGGCACAAUGGUUAUCAGCAAAUCGGAUAUUGUGGAAGUUCACAGAAUUAUCACAGCAUAGCGAAGGUAAUGGCGUAGGUUCUUUGAAAGCACGAGUGGAAUUAGGACAUGGGCCAGGAAAUCAAGGAACUAUAUUUACACAGUUUAAUUGCGAAGGGACCACAUUAUCUGGAGUUGAGUUUGAACUUUUAGGCCCGGGAUAUAGAUUAAGUUUAGUAAAACGUAGAUUCGUAUCUGGAAAGUAUAUUUGUGAUGGAGAUUCUGAUUCACGAAGUAGAUACGCUGCUCCACCAUCGAAUGUGGAUUGACGACUUCCAGAAUGGGCGCCUCAAUGGGAGAGUCUGCCCAUUUAAUAUUGGUACUUGCUUGUUCAUUCACUGCCCAUACUACGAUUAUUGUUCAAACUCGAAAUCAGCGUGGGAAAGCCUGUUGGAUACCAAAGAAUGUGUGCGAUACAAUAAUAAGAUUAUAAAAUAGACGAAUAAUUUGUACAGAAACCGUGAUGCUGCGUAAUUUAAAUGUAGCAAAGUGUAAAGUUUAUUCGCUUUAUAAAUCAAAACACAAAAAAAAGAAAAACAAAAGGAAAAAUCUUAAAUACGAAAAUGAAAUGAAGAUCAUAUAAAUUCAUAUCUUCAUAAAGAGAUAAGUAUGAUAUGAUGUAUAAUCUUAGGCGAAAAAAAUACUUGGACAGAAACAUAAUGGAAAACAUAGUUGGACUUCGUAAGUCACUCGCUACCUGAUGAAUGGCGUUUUAUGUGUUUUAUAACUUGUAUAUUUUUCAAUUUUUCUAAUAUAUUCUCGAUUAGAUUGUACUAUUUUAGUAAAGUUUGUACGUGAUGCAUAAACGAGAUGUAAUUAUGACGACGAUGAUAAUGACUGCAGAAAGCGUUUAAAACAUCAAGAAGUAAGUAAUUCUUUUUCGCAAAAGCCUUUGGUGUCCAGCAUAU